GAAUCAGAAUUCUCUUUUUAUAAUAAUUUUAUUUUUCCAAAAGUACAACUAGGAAAAGGACUUUUAUUCCGAUGGCCGACGAUGAUGAGGUUCAAUUCGAUGCCGUCGAUUCAGGUGCAUCGAAAACAUUUCCAAUGCAAUGCUCGGCAUUGCGCAAAAAUGGAUUUGUGAUGCUCAAGGGGCGUCCAUGUAAAAUUGUGGACAUGUCCACCUCGAAGACGGGCAAACAUGGACAUGCCAAGGUUCAUCUCGUUGGCAUCGAUAUAUUCACCCAGAAGAAGUACGAGGACAUUUGCCCCUCGACCCACAACAUGGAUGUACCACACGUUAAGCGAGAGGAUUACCAAUUGACUGACAUAAGCGACGAUGGAUUCGUCACUCUCAUGUCCGAUAAUGGCGAGAUACGUGAGGAUCUCAAGGUGCCCGAGGGUGAAUUGGGCGGAUUUCUACGCACCGAAUUUGGCGAUGGAAAGGAUCUACUCUGCACUGUCCUGGCUGCUUGUGGGGAAGAGUGCGUCAUUGCCAUGAAACCCAAUUCGGGUUUGGAUAAGUGAGGAAUUGAUCGGAAA